CAUCCUCAGAGUUCAUAUAAAUCCAGGUGUGUUCCAGCUUCAUGUGCUCUUUCAGUUGCCCUGUCUUUUCAAAACAUGGCCGAAAUCGACUACACCUGUCCUCUCUGCGCAGACACCCACCGGGACCCCGUCACCAUCCCAUGUGGAGACACCUUCUGCCUGGAGUGCAUUAAGAUCUACUGGGACCAUUCUGACCACCUUGGCGUGUACAGUUGUCCACAGUGCCAGACCACCUUCACUCCUCGUCCCAUCCUCAGACGUAAUGCACCCCACAUAGGGAACCCAGAGCCUCAGCCGCCCCCUCGGGACCCCAACCCAUUUCCUUACUUCAAGCGUGACGCACUGUGUGAUUUCUGCACUGGUCGUCGAAGCAAAGCGGUGAAGUCCUGUCUGGUGUGUUUGGCUUAUUACUGCGAGACGCACAUCAAGCCCCAUUAUGAGUCGACCACAUUUAAACGACAUAAGCUGGUGGAUGAGACGGGACACCUGGACAGGAAGAUCUGCCCGCAGCAUGAAAAAGGCUUGGAGCUUUUCUGCCGUUCCGAUCAGAUGUGUAUCUGUGUGCUGUGUACAGUCAGGGAACAUCGCAGCCACAACAUAGUCAGUGCAGAUGAUGAACGCACAGAGAAACAGAAAAUCUUGGUGGCUACUCAGUCGAAGGUUCAGCACAUUAUUCAGGAUCGAAUGAAAGAAUUUCAAGAACUCAGACACAACGUAGAAGUCCUUAAGGGAAAUGCACAGCGGGCCCAGACUGACAGUGAUAAAAUCUUCAAUGAGAUGCAACAGGCGGUAGAGCGGUGGCACGCUGAGAUCACCCAGCUCAUACAGGCUAAUCUACAGGCCUCCAUGGCUCAGGCUCAGGGUUACAUAGAGAGACUUGAACAAGAGAUCAUGGAGCUCCAGAGGAGAGACGGUGAACUACGUCUAAUACUUGACACAGAGGACAACAUUCACUUCCUACAGAAUUUCCCCACACUGUCUGUCCCACCGGAGCCCAUGGUGCCCAAAGUGCUGAUAAACCCAGAGUUCUCCUUCAGCGAGAUCACCAAGAGCGUCUCUGACAUGAAAGACCACCUGGACGACAUCUGCAAAAAAGAGCUGGGAAACAUCUCCAAACGAGUGAGUGACACUUCAGUGUAUGUCCUGAUCCCAAGGUCUGGAGAACGUUUGACUGCUCCGAUAAAAACAGACUUCCAAGAUCCUAAAACAAGACCAGAUUUCCUCAGAUAUUCUUGUAAACUUACAUUUGAUCCCAACACAGCAUAUAAAGAGCUAGUCCUUUCAGAUGGGAACCGCCGUGUGAUCCGCAAGCGAACAACUCAGUAUUACCCGGAUCAUCCGGAGCGGUUUGAUGGUUUUUGUCAGAUCCUGUGCAAAGAGCCUCUCAGUGGAUUGCGGCAUUACUGGGAAACGGAGUGGAAUGGGGAAUUUUCCAUCGGAAUUGCCUACAAGAGCAUCAGCCGCAAAGGUAAGAACUCCAACAGCCUUCUAGGAUACAAUGAUAAAUCCUGGAGCCUCCUGUGCUCAGACUCUGGAUACUCAGCUUGGCACAAUAAGAUGGAUAAAGAUCUGCCGGGUGCACCUCGCACCUCUCGGAUCGGUGUGUAUCUGGAUUACACUGGAGGAUCUGUGUCUUUUUACACUGUGUCUGAGGCGAUGGAGCUCAUCCACAGAUUUCAGGCCAAGUUCUCUGAACCGCUGUUUGCAGGGUUUGGUGUUGGAUCGUCUGUAAAUCUGUGCGUGCUAGAGAAGAACUUCCGAUCAUACCACUAAAAGGUUUUGAGCUUGGGCUUUUCUAUAUUUUAUUCAGGAAAAGACAUAGAAGAGUGAACAGCCAGAUCAUGGCAGUAUUUGGAGAUUCAUAUUUUGGUUUAUAAAGCUCUUAAUGAGAAUUUAAAAAUUAUACUGAACCAUUGACCACUCUGUGAAUCUCAGAGUUUCCAGGUAACUUUUUGCAAUAUAA